AUGGACCUCUCCGCGUCCCAGUCUAGCCAACGCCCACGGCCCCCGUUUCCGCGUGCUUCCUCGCGCGCCUCUACAAUCGGCAGCAACACGCGCAGCGUGAGCAGCUCCAAUACUUCGCAUAUGCAGCCCGCCUCGCCUGCACAGUCCUUUGCUCACCCCCAGCGAUUUCACUCUACCGCCACGCCAGCUUCGCCGCGAUCGAGCUACCGGGCCACACCCCAACUGUCCCGCGAGGCCAGCGGCGAGCUUGCCCGACCCCCCACCAUGUCGACUUUUCUGCAAGAGAAGCUCCAAAAAGAACGUAGGGCCGAAAGCGAGAAGCUCGGCUCCUCCACCUCGUCUCGUCACAACCCUGACCUGAGCGGGUCUGUCGACCACGGCCGCGUCCCCAACGAAAGAGCCUUUCGAUCCACCGAUUAUGAACCCCAACGCCCCCAGUCGAGCGCCGGCGUGGAGCCGCCCAAGAAAAAGGGCCUCGGUGUAAAGGAGAUAGAGCAGGUUGUCUCGUCGCUUCACAAGCAAAACUUUGAUUUGAAGCUAGAGCUAUAUCAUCGACGUGAAAGACAGUCCAAGUUGGAAGAGCGCCUGGACGCGCUUGAAGCUGAGAAGCAUGAUGCCCAAAAGCUGUCGGACAAGUUGCUGGCCGACUUGGACAAGCGCGAUAAGGCCAUCGAGGAGGCCGUCUCUAUGAUUGUUGAGCUCGAGGCCAAGGUUGACCAGCUGCUUAACGAGCGCACCAUGGUUCAGCACGUCGAGAGCCAAGGAUUCUACGCCUCAACCGACGGCUUUCAAGACUACCACGGCUCAAUAGCCAACUCGUCUACUGCCGACCUGGCACAGGUCCAGGGGCGCUCCAAGACGCCUACCGUUAAUCGAAUGCCCAGCUUUCUCUCUGAUCGCAAUGCAACUGCCGAAAAUCUGAGAGACGUCUACGUCGGCAACCGUGCUAGCGUCAUGAGCCUGCGAUGUACAUCGGGUGGCUAUUCAGAAGCGAGUAAUGCAAUGAUGAAUGGCUUAGCCAGCCCAACACUGAGUGUUCUUAGCGAAAGUUCCUUUGUCAGUGUUUAUGGGCAAAAGGGCGGCGAUACAGCUGUGAUUGAUUACGACGAUCCUAUCGCACUCAGCGGGUUUGACGGAAGCUCUCCAGUAGUGCCCCAGGACUCAUUUCUGCCUAACAUCAAGCUCCAAGAUAACAGCAACCAUGCGCACUCUUCAAAAUACCAACAACUGAACAGACCCGCCACAGUGCAGCCCAUCAACCACGUACUGACCCACGACUCGCCACUGCAGCGACUGGAAAGAAUAGACUCCGGGUCUCGCGCCGUCGGACCAGACGCUCCCUCUCCCUACGCAUCGCGUAACGAGGCAUCCCGCAGCCAACUACGCAACAGCGCACAAGGCUCGCACGCCCACCGCUGCAACAAGGAUGAAAAGAGGGCUGCACUGAGGAAGGUAGUCACAGACGCUGGCGGUGUCCGAUUACUUGACCAAGCAUUGCCACCGACGCCAGAUACUAUCUCGUCGUCGACACUGCAAAGGUAUAAAAACUCCAACGACACCCUCUCCGUGCGCCACCAAAAGUCGGAUGAAAAACAGAGAAUCCCAUCAAACGAGUCAAGACAAACGCGGGAGUCUCAGGGUGCAGAUCAAAGCGGCGGCGUGUCCCUGGUACAAAAGGAAGGUUCAAAGGAAUCUCCGCGCAACGUAAGCGGUUCGCGGCCUAAUGCUGGCACGCCGCCCAGCUACGACCCGUACGGCGCCAAGAAUAUUCCCCGUCCUCGCUCAGCUGGCGACACGACAGUCUCUCACAGACGAAACCACUCCUGGGACAGCGACGACUCUGACACCAAGUCGUUGCAGUCCAGCCUUGACAUCUGGAUGCGUGAGAGCGCCAAGCCUUCCAGAACAACGGGCCGGGUUUCGCCAGACCUGUUUGGCUUCCCGACGGCCAUGUCCAACGGCGGCUGGGCUGCCAGCUCUCUGUUCGACCCAAAGCAGCGUCUCGGCGCCAUGCCCGACACGGAGUACAUGCACGACCUCUUGUCUUUGCGGGAAGCUUUACUAUCGCCUAACCUACAGCCGCCGCCACCGCCCGCCAGGCAUUCCAGCUUGUACAGCCACGGGCGCUCUGUGUCAGCUAAGCCCACCACCGAGAAGCCUCUCGCCGCCGAGGGCACAUGGCAGCCACCUUCCGCCGACGCCAGUGUAGCCCGGGACCGCAGCAAUAGCGACGUUGCCAACCUUCGGUCCAGCACGCGCACGCCUGUCCAGGGCGACCAUAAGAGAACCAAUAGCACCAGCACCACCAAUCCGCCGCACCCGCCCAUCUCGUGGCAGCAGGGGCCUCGCGCCGGCCUCAAGGGCCUCUUCCGCCGCUCUCUCCCCGGCAGUAACGCCGGGCCACCAGCCACUCCAUCGCCCGCCAAGCUAGAGCCUAACCCCGGCGCCGAGGAAACGGAGACUACGGCGCCGCCAACGUCGUCGUGGGCCUCGCGCAGCGCCGCUGCCGCGCAUGAAUGUGACCGCACCGGCGCCACGCCGCCGCCUAUUAUGCUCAACCCGCGCCACGCUGCCCGGCGCAACAGCUCCGCCAAGGCUCCCUCGUGCGACGGCACCGCGGCCGCCCCCGCGCAAGACGCGCAGUCGGUUCAAGCCGCCGACGCCAUGUCGCAGAUUAGCAUUCCGCACUCGCAGUCGACGACGGGCGCGCGGCGCAAGUGGUUGCCGGGUUUCUCGCGCAACAAGGCGUGA